GGCAGCUCAGCUCGCGGAGGUCCGCGAGUUUGUGCGGGGCCCAGGCGCCGGGCCGCGGCGGAGCCGUGGUUACGGUCCCCCGAGCCUGGCCGCUCUCUGUGGCGGGGGCACCAGCUGGGGGCUUUCUUCACGGUGAGGUCUCAAUUUUGGCGUAUCCCUCAACGGGCACUGACCGGACCGCGGCUAUCCCGACGCCCCCUUCCUCCAGAGAGGGCUUCCCUGCCGCAGGCACCGGGCCAGGAUGAGAGCCCUCCCAUGGCUUCCCAGGAAAGGAUAGAGGCAGUGACCAAAGGAACAGGGUUCUGGCGCUGCCCCAAGCCGGCCACUUACACCCCAGGGACCUGCGAGCUGCUCAGAGUGAUGAUGAAGGAAUCCAAACUGACUAACUUCCAACAGCGCCACAUCAUGGACACCAUGAAAAGAGGAGACACUCUGCCCCUACAGUGCAGCCCGACAUCUAGCCAGAGGGUCUUGCCUUCCAAACAGACAGCCUCGACCAUCUACCUGCCUCCCAUCCUGGCGGCCCGGCCCCACCUCCGGCCUGCCAGCAUGUGCCAAGCCAAUGGGGCCUACAGCCGGGAGCCAUUCAAGCCUCAAGCCCCCCGAGAUCUGGAGAAAGAGAAACGAAGACUCCAAAAUAUUUUUGCCACUGGGAAGGACUUAGAGGAACGGAAAAGGAAGCCUCCUCCUGUACAACAGAAGGACCCAGCCCCAGAGCUGGACCGCUUUGAAGAAUUGGUAAAGGAAAUCCAGGAGAGGAAGGAAUUCCUGGCUGGCAUGGAGGCACUGGGACAGGGCAGACAGUACCGAGGGAUCAUCCUUGGGGAGAUCUCCCAGGUAGGAGAAGCAGCCAGGAAGGGGUGGGGGUGGGUCCACCAUACAUGCGCAGCAGCAAAUGUGAGUGGACAGGGCAGCUGCAGCCCAGGUCUGGCCCAGGUCUGGGAGUCCUCUCUCACAUCAGCAGUGGCUCCUCAAGUUCCAACCCUGCUAGCCAGUUUCCUUGAUGCCUUUUGCAGAAACUACGGGAAAUGGAAGACAUUGACCACAAGAGGAAUGAGGACCUUAGAAGGCUCUUGUUACCCCCUGAUCUGUCUCCAGAGACAGGGGCAGAGUAGCCCAUCCUAGAUCACUGGAGCCCGCCCCCUGGCCAGCCCACCUACCCUGGCCUUCAGCCACAUCAAAUGGCCGUGAAGCACUGCCCUGGCCUAGGGGCCCCUGGGCACACACAGCACCCUAGGAAAUGGACCGAUCCCAGAGAAUGAGCUCGUUCUCCUCAAGACUCUGCCCAGGGAGCCUGGGUGAGUUGAGCUGCUGAGACCCACAAUCACUGACAUACGUGCACACGCACACACACACACACAAACUAAUGGUCUUUUCUCAGGGAAAGAGUCCAUACACAGUGAAGGCAAGGCCCAUGUCUGAGAGCAUCCACUGGGCCUCUUCCCCCCACUCCCUACCCCACACCCACUGGAUGUCCCACACAUUUAUUUUGCAGAACUUCAGAAUGAAUGAUUCCUUUCUUCCUACCUGCCUUAGGACCUACUUAUUUGACUUCUUACAGCCUUAGGCAAAUGUUUAACCACUAGGAUUAAUUGGCCAGUAAGACACAUUUAACGUAGGUCAUAAUAUACACCGUUUUGUUUUCAGAAGGAUAGGCUUAUUUGUUCAAUGAGUUAGAAUUUUCAAGCACAGAUGCUUUUCAACUGUUUGCAUAUCUCAAGUGGAAGUGAGAACCAACACUUCUUGAACACCCCUUGGCCAGGCACUGUGUCAGGUGCUGAAUUUCACUCGGUUCAUUCUCUCAAUAAAACCCUGCGAACACGGUUUGCUA